AACCAGACACACGCUGCUUGCUUUGUGUCGGGGGGUGGGUGGGUGACGGACCCCUCUAGGGUUGGCCUGUGAGGUUUGGUGUCCUGUGCCCCCCCCAUUUCCCAAACUAACCCCAGGAGACUGCUGGAGAGAGGACAGAAGGAAAGAGAGGAGAAUCAAGCUCUUGCUUUCCUUCUUGACGUCUCUCUUCUGGGCCCAUCAUCUACGAUCCUUCACGACUUUCUUCUCAAUUUUCUCUGCUGGCUCCUUUACCCAUGGCAACGUCACCAGCAGACACGGGGCCUCCACCUGAAGUUGAGACUACACCAGCAGAACCCUCAGAGCCGGUAUGUUCUACCACCGUGGUGGUGGUAGAGGAGCCGGGGCCAGAGCCAGAGCCAGCUCAGGAGGCUACUGUUUCAGAGGUGGAACCAUCUGUGACCAUCCAAUCAAAAUCUUCAUCUCUCAAUGAUUUGAAGGCCCAACCAGCUGCCAAUGGCGGACCCCGAGCCCCUAGUCUGACAGGCUCAGAAGUACGUCUGGCUCAAGCUGCUUCAAAUUCUCCUCGGCCAAGUCUCUGUCGACAAGGGUCUACUGCCACUGCCAGCGCUGUCGAGGCAGAAAAGCCAAAGGACUAUCUGUUCAUUGCCAUUCUGUCUUGCUUUUGUCCUAUGUGGCCAGUCAACAUCAUUGGCUUUGUGUAUUCCAUCAUGUCCCGUAACAGCCUCCAACAAGGUGAUGUGGACGGGGCCCUCAGACUGGGACGGGUGGCCAAACUGUUAAGUAUUGUGGCGUUGGUGGGUGGACUCCUGAUCAUCACAGUGUCCUGCGUCAUCAACUUUGGAGUCUUGUGAGACGCUGCCGCUCCGUUCCCCUCUCCGGGCACCACGGGGCGAGAAGACCCCAAACUUUCAUAGAAAAUCCUUCACAUUCCCACAGAGACACCAGCCAGGGAAAUGAGAGACCCCGGGAGUGAGUGGAAGAGACUGUGAGCGAGAGCCUCCGGAGUGCGAGUGUCUGCGUGUCUCUACAUCUCACUCGUGUCUCACACGUAUCUAAUGUCCUGUACUACUAAUAAUGGCAGGAAAGAAAAGCACAUCCCACGACAUCAUACGUGACAUUAUAUAACCACACGACAUCAUACGUGACAUUAUAUAACCACAUACAUCAUACCUGACAUUAUAUAAUCACAUACAUCAUACGUGACAUUAUAUAAUCACAUACAUCAUACGUGACAUUAUAUAACCACGUACAUCAUACAUGACAUUAUAUAAUCACAUACAUCAUACGUGACAUUAUAUAACCACAUACAUCAUACCUGACAUUAUAUAAUCACAUACAUCAUACGUGACAUUAUAUAACCACACACAUCAUACAUGACAUUAUAUAACCACACACAUCAUACCUGACAUUAUAUAACCACGUACAUCAUACGUGACAUUAUAUAACCACACACAUCAUACAUGACAUUAUAUAACCACAUACAUCAUACAUGACAUUAUAUAAUCACAUACAUCAUACGUGACAUUAUAUAACCACAUACAUCAUACCUGACAUUAUAUAACCACGUACAUCAUACGUGACAUUAUAUAACCACACACAUCAUACAUGACAUUAUAUAACCACGUACAUCAUACAUGACAUUAUAUAACCACGUACAUCAUACAUGACAUUAUAUAACCACGUACAUCAUACAUGACAUAUACACGCACACUGUAUCACAAUGCCGCUCGUCCCCACCCUCCUCGAUCUCUAUGGUGCAGUGGUGACCUCCUGUGGUCACUGUGUGUAUAGCAGGUGCAUGCAUUACUAAUACACUCACCUACUGGUGCUGCAGGGCACCAACCUAUUAACCCUUCAUCUGGAACCAGACAUCACCCCUCUUCCUAAUGGAGGCCUGCCUAUCAUGAGUCAUCACUGAUUGUUUACUGAAAGCUCUGCAGAUCCUUGCUGACAGACUCUGCAGAGUAUCACACCUCCAUUCCUGUGCACUAACCACCAAUGUAGGUCUUCCCAGCACUACUAACCCCUUUGUACACCGGCGGUCACAUGGAGGAGCUGGCUGGGUCGAUUUAACUCUUCAUUCUCCUGCAUCUCACUCCGGCCUGACCAUCUAUCCGUCUAACGCCUGAUGACUGUUACCCAUAAUACUCACCCAUGGUCCUGCAUGCUGCUUGUACGACAUGCACGCAGGGGAGGGCGCGUCGCCCCUUCUUCUCCUAAUGGGGGAGUGAGGGACUGCGAUAAAAACGGGAGGUGAAAUUAUUUUCCUAGAGAAGAGAGAGACACCUGCACCUUUCUUACUUUCCCUUGACACGGCUGGUAAGGCAUGCUGGGACUUCUAGUGGCCACGUUUUCUGUUUAUAUUUGCACGUUUUUGGGGCUUGGACCCCCUUCAGGCAGUGGUCGGAUUACGUUUACAACCCACAGACUUUCCACAUCCUGCAGACACGUUAUCUUCCAUGGUAACGUUAACCCUGCACCAGUCUAUUACACCGCUCAGGCUGCGCUGCACAAGGCCGCCAUCUUGGCAGCAGAAGACGUAAUAUCAUUUCUUUCUCCUGGUUGUGUCACCGCAGCUUCUUGAUGUAGAAUAUCCAUAUCUUUGCACUUUUGUAUUCUUUCGAUAUCUUCCUGUGUCCCGGACAUCAUCGCUGACCACGGGCGCUGUACAACUGGGUGGAGGUCCCCGCCGCGCAGCCGUCUCUCUCUCCUGCCUCUCUUCUUUAUA